CUUGAAUUUUGGCGCUGAAUUCGCUCAUACGUUUUAGCUGCCAGCUCGUGGUUAAAACCCUUAGUCUACUUUCUAACCGUAACUGUCAACUGCAAAUUACAAUUCUAAUUCCUCACACCGGUUUAUAACCAUCAUUUAGUCCUAGCAGCUAUCAGAUUGCCAGGCGAAGGUAUCAGCUGUUCACGGUGAAGUGUACUGAUUCCAUAUCCAUAUAUUCAUUUAAAGAAAGUACCUAGUCAUAUUUUUCAACAAUGCAGACCGAAAAAAAGAAGGCCGAAAUACCUCCUACUAUGAAGUUUGUAUUGGGUGGAACCUCUGGAAUGUGUGCCUCUGUUUGCGUUCAACCUUUGGACCUCGUGAAAAACAGGAUGCAAAUGAGCGGUAUCGGAAGUGCUACUUCUGGUCAACGUAACAGUCUUCAAGUACUUAUGUCAGUCAUUAAAAAUGAAGGAUUUUUUGCGAUAUACUCAGGUUUAUCAGCUGGAUUACUUCGUCAAGCCACCUACUCAACUGCUCGUUUAGGCAUUUACACAAAUUUAUUUGAACAAUAUACAAAGCGUAAAAAAGAAUCUCCCAAUUUCUUCACUAAAAUAAGUAUAGCUGUAACUGCUGGGAUAUGCGGUGCAUUUAUUGGUACACCAGCUGAAAUUUGUCUUAUCCGUAUGACAUCUGAUGGCAGAUUACCACCAGCAGAACGUCUAAAUUAUUCCAAUGUGUUCAAUGCUCUAACAAGAAUCGCUCGCGAAGAAGGAGUGUUGACAUUGUGGCGGGGUGCAGUCCCAACUAUGGGUCGAGCAGCUGUAGUUAAUGGUGCACAAUUAGCUACUUAUUCUCAAGCCAAACAAAAACUUCUUGAAGUCGGUCAUUUCACUGAUGGCUUGAAUGUACACAUAAUGGCUAGCUUAUUAAGUGGUUUUACUACAUCUGUUUUCUCUUUACCAAUUGAUAUUGCUAAGACCAGAAUUCAAAAUAUGAAAACUAUUGAUGGAAAACCAGAGUAUAAAAAUAUGGGGGAUGUUAUUUUACGAGUAAUACGAAAUGAAGGUAUUCUAUCACUAUGGAAAGGUUUUACACCAUAUUUUCUACGUAUUGGACCUCACACAGUAUUAACAUUUAUCUUUUUAGAACAAUUAAAUCGUUUAUAUAUAAAACAUAUAAUAGGUGAUACAAGUGGUCAACGUUCCGGUGGACUUUAAAAACGAAUCAAUUCUUCACUAUUCCUAUUAUGUUUUCUUUUCUGUUAUCAACAAGUAAAGUAAAUCAUUAUUAUGUUCUCCAGUGUCAAUUGAAGUGAUAACAUUCCUUAUUGUGUAUAAUUUGUAUGCGCCAAUUUAACUGUCUAUACAUAGGGAAGUAUAUAUAUAUAUAUAUAUAUAUA